CCGCUGUCCGGAGCUUCGAGAUGGCGUCCCGCUCGAGGAGCAGGGAGUGGACCUGCUCCGCGCGGCGGCUGUCCCAGACCGUCCUAUUGGUCAGCUCUUUAAGGCGGUUAUGCGUCUCGCGCUUGCUGCCCAACCUGAGGUCGCCGGCUUGAAUAUCGUUCAGCUCGUUGAGGUGGGUGCGCAGGAUUCGGACGGGGUUUUUGCCGGGCUCGGGGAUGGUGGUCCCGGCAUCCUCCAUUGCGCGCACGGUGCGCAUCAACUCUGUCUCCCUGCCCGGGGGCGUGUCGAUGCCGGCGGCACGCAUGCGCUGGAGGGUCUUGUGGCACGUGUACAGGUCGAUAAAGUGGUCUCUGCAGAAGACUCCAUCGAGGCGUCUGGUGCCAUCGUCGUACGCGGCGAUCUCGUGGAUGUACUCGGCGGCGAGCUCGCCGUCGAUGGCGGUGCGCUUGCGGCGCUGCAGGGUGCGGGGCAGCAGCGUGCGCUUCUCCUCGACGCCGCACCAGAGCAACAUGCGCACGAGCCCGUACUUUUGGAAGAGCGAGCGCGAGGCGACCGAGUGGAUGAACUGGUACAGCAGCAGGUUCCCCAGCGAGCUGAACUGUCCGAGCUUCUUCUUGGGGGAGAAGUUGAUGUUGCCGACGACGAGGAGGGUGUCGUUGCGCUCGGGCGGGGCGUCACGCGGGCGGGGGACCUGGUGGGGCAGGAACUCAGGGGUCAGGAUGCGACUGAGCUUGGACCAGACGACGCCGGACUCGGGCACCACGACGGUGCUGGGGCGGUCAAGCAGGGGCUUCAGGAAGGGCGUGUAGGCGACGUGGUCGGGCUCCAUCAGGAUGUGGGAGCGCGGCUGCAGGAAGUCGGAGAGGGCGGUGCUGAAGAGGCCGGCGCCGGGGUAGAGGUCUAUGAUGUCGCAGCCCUUGUGGCGCUCCAGCGAGGGAGCCAUGUAGGCCAGCACGUCGUUGCAGAGCUUCUUGCUGACGAUGUUGACGCGGGCGCUAUCGGCCUUGAUGCGCAGUGUCCUAGGGUCCUUGCCCGCUUGGGCCACCAUCUGCUUGUAGGCCUUUGUCCUCUUGUCCAUCUUGGGCGCUACGCCGGCCUCCUUCUCGGCAGCCUUCAGCUUCCUCCUCUCCUCCUUGCUCAUCUCCCGCUUGGCGAGCUUCUCAUCCUCGGAAGCCCAGACACGGCGACGCUUUUCGUAGAUGCCUGCGUCCACCAGCUUCUGGGCCAGCGGCGUGCCGGGGAUGUAGAUGUUUUCCUUCUUGUCCUUGGCGCCGGCAGUGUCGUCCUCGUUCAGCUUGGCCUCUACGCCCGACUCGACGCUAGCUUUCCUGGUCGAGAUCCAGCGGACGCGACGCAGCGGGAGCCGGAGCCCCGCGGGAACCGAGGCGACGGUCCGGACAUGGCGAGCAACGGAAAGCAUCGACCUGGCUGGUCGGGGACGAGGUCGGGGUUGUGCGAGCCGAGCCUAGAGCCCUGUAGAUCAGACCUGCUGCAGAUGGAAUCUUUUUUUGCAGGCCAAGAUUCUGCCGCCAGGGACCAAUUUCCUCACCGCCCACCCCACGUCAUGCGUGGCCGGGUCCUACCGAUUUUCCUCGGCAGUUGGCGAAGUCCAUUUCCAUUCCAUUGUCCAUUGAUUUCCCAUUUCCCAUUCUGCAAUCCAGCCCAUGUCUGGCAGUUUUGUCUGACCAUUUGGCGCAGUCAGCUAGCCAUUGACUGUCGAGUUGUGCUUCGGACUGUGUCUUUGGGCUGCGUUGAUAUGAACAGAAAUCAACAGUGAAUUCCCAUCCAGGUGGUGCAACAAAUCUUCAUGUUGUGCAACCAAACUCAGCUGCCGGGACCUGGUUUUCCCAUGGCGUCGGCAGCCGUCCCCCAUCCAAAUGCCAUCUGCCGCGUGUGCCCCAGAGCGGCUAAACGGUCACAGGGCCCUACUGGGUUCCCAAAGCGCCCUGAACCCCGCCAGCCAACCACCAUCCAGCCAACCCCUGGGCCUGCCUACCCUAGCCUCCACCCAGCUGCCAACCCCUCAGUUCCAUCAGCCGUCCUCGCAAUUGGCACGCAAUGCAAUGCCGUGCGCUACCCGCGUGUCCGGCCCGGCCUUGUUGGUGCUCGCCGAGCAACCGUGGCCGGGGUCAGGCAGCUGGGUAUCUGUCCUGACAGGCACCACUGACGGACGCCCCAGGUGUGCCGCCAUGUCCCGGUUGGGGAAUGUCUGGGCCGACGUGAUGAAGCGGGACCAGGAGAGUGAGGGGCCAGACGGAGGGAGGGAGGGUGAAGGGGCAGCGAGACAGCAAACAAAAGGCGCCUUAUUUACCCACCUCUGUGUCCCGCUUGGCCGUCAUCUGUCUUGCGUUUUCUUCUCAUUGCGAUCCUUGCUGUAUCUGGACACACUUAGCUGCUACCUACCUACCUUGGUGUCUAUAUACAAACACUUCCACCAGAACCUCACCACCAACACAGACAACAUGCCUCUCCCCCGCGGCAUCUACCGGGCCGACCAGGUCGGGUCGUUCCUCCGCCCCAAGGAGGUUCUGGCGGCGCGCGAGGCGGCGUCCAAGGGCGACAUGACGCGCGCGCAGCUGCGCGAGGUCGAGGACAGGCACAUAGCCGACGUGGCGCGGUCCCAGAUCGCCAACGGCCUGCGCGCCGUGACCGACGGCGAGUACCGCCGCGCCUGGUUCCACAUCGACUUCCUCGUCAACCUUGACGGCGUCGCGCACAUCACCGAGGGCAACAUCCCCUCCACCAACGUCACCACGCACGGCGUCACGCCGCCCAAGCUGGCCGUCGUCGGCAAGCUGGGCCACCCGCGGCCCGUGCAGGUCGACGACUUCAACCACCUCGAGGCCCAGAUCCCGGCCGACAAGAAGGCCUCGGUCACCACAAAGGUCUGCAUCCCCAGCCCGACCAUGGUGCACUUCCGCGGCGGCCGCGACUCCAUCGACAAGGACGCCUACCCCACCCUGGAGCCCUUCUUCGACGACCUCGUGGCCGUCUACCGCGCCGAGAUCCGCGACCUGUACGCCGCCGGCUGCCGCUUCCUGCAGCUCGACGACACCAACCUGGCCUACCUGUGCGACCCGGGCAUGCGCACCGAGGCCGCCGCCCGCCACGGCGACCCCAACGCCCUGGCCGAGCAGUACGCCGACCUCAUCAACCGCGCCAUCGCCGAGCGGCCCAAGGACAUGGUCAUCGGCAUCCACCUGUGCCGCGGCAACUACCGCUCCCAGUGGUUCGCCCAGGGCGGCUACGAGCCCGUGGCCGAGGUGCUCUUCAAGAAGCUCGACGUCGACGUCUACUUUCUCGAGUUCGACGACCCCCGCUCCGGCGACUUCUCGCCCCUGCGCCACCUGCCCGUCGACAAGACGGUCGUGCUGGGCGUCAUGAGCAGCAAGAAGGCCGGGCUCGACGACGAGGCAGAGAUCGUGCGCCGCCUCAACGAAGCCGCUAGCCACUGUCCGCGCGGCCUCGACCAACUGUGCCUGUCGCACCAGUGCGGCUUCAGCUCCACCGUCGAGGGCAACGACCUGACCGAGGAGCAGCAGUGGGCCAAGGUCCGCCUCGAGGUCGACAUAGCCAAGAAGGUGUGGGGGGAGGACCUGUCCAAGUAAGGGCCGGGGCCUUUUUUUUUCUGUGUGAAUAUUAGCGGUCCAUCAACAGCCAUGACACUAUACCAUUAGCGAUACCCAGGCGGCGCGCACAGGGUGUGAGGCCGGGUUGGGGGUGUAAAUAGAAAUCACGCUUCGACGAAGCCGCUCAACCGGCAGGGUCGGAGGAAGUGAACAAAAAAUAAAACAAACACAAUUAACUACAAGUCCAAAUAACCCAUCAUAACUCUUGCUAA